CCCAGUGAUCCCGCCCCCAGCCAGAUGAUUGACACCGCGCUGUGUGCUACAUGGCUGAGCUGCUACAAUAUUUCCAGAGCAGGAUUAGAGGACGAGCACUGUGCACGGCCGGCCCGGGGGUAGCACAUGGAGUCGGUGAUCCCAGCCGCGGUGUGUGAGCGGUAACACAGAGUCUCGCCGUCACUGCAGAAAGCUGCCGUCUGUCCUCUCUAUUUAAAUAAGGCACAAAUGGACAGUGAUCCAGAGACCGCAAAGGACAGAAUACCCAGGAUCGAUAUUUAUGGAUUUGAAAGACCUGAAGAAUUUGAUUACGCGUUUUAUGAAGACUUUCAAUCCAGAUACCUGGAAAUUCUCACAAGAAGAGCUAUAAAAUGGUCCAAACUCUUGCAGAAGUCCACAGUAGUGGAGAAAAGCUUGAAAGUAAAGAGAUACAUUAGGAAAGGAAUUCCUAAUGAACAUCGCUCUUAUGUGUGGAUGAUGGUGAGUGGAGCACAAGCCAAAAUGGAGUUGAAUCCAGGAUACUAUCGCAGUGCAUUGGUAGAUGGACAGAACAAUGCAAAGCUUGUGGAUGCAGUUGUCACUGAUCUGAACAGGACGUUCCCUGAUAAUGUGAAGUUUCGUAAGAAUGCAAGUCCUUGUUUACAGCAGACACUAUAUAAUGUUUUAGUGGCUUUUGGACACCAUAAUAAAGCUGUGGGUUAUUGCCAGGGUAUGAAUUUUAUCACUGGAUACCUGAUUCUUGUUACUAAAGAUGAAGAGAAAGCCUUCUGGCUGUUAGAUGCCCUCAUUGGACACAUCUUGCCUGACUACUAUAGCCCUGCAAUGAUUGGUCUUAAAAUUGACCAGGAGGUACUAGGGGAUCUGGUAAACAUUAAGAUUCCAGCCGUAGGAGGCUUAAUGGAGAAGCAUGGGGUGAUGUGGACUCUUGUGGUUUCCCGAUGGUUUAUAUGUUUAUUUAUUGAUAUCCUUCCAGUAGAGACUGUAUUGCGAAUAUGGGACUGUUUGUUCUACGAGGGAUCAAAAGUUCUUUUUCGUGUGGCCUUAACACUAAUAAAGCAGUACCAAGCUUUCAUAUUGGAAGCCAAAAAUUUCCCAGAUGUUUGUGAUAAGUUCAAGGCGAUAACAAAAGGACAGCUAGCUACAGAAUGUCACCUCUUCAUGCAGAAAAUCUUUACUGACCCCGGAACUUUAUCGAAAACCACAAUCGGUAAAUUAAGAGAGAAACACCGCUCACAGUUACUGACUCAGGAACAAUGAAAGACUGACGGAUAUGACAGACACAUUCCUUUAAUAUAAUAAUUGCACUGAAUAAAUAUUUGCUGGAGUGCAACAAGUUGUUAUACAAUAAAUAUGUUGCACUCGUGGCUGUGAGACAUUAACAGGUAAUGCUGACUGUUAGCACAGGCUAUGAACCUGCCUUUUUUUUAGGGCUUUAAACACUACUGUAUUUGGAAAUUUGUAGACUUGAUAUAUCUACUUUUCUGUGAUCUUUGGUAAAUAUUAAAAUAUUUAUUGUUUGAAACAAUAAUAAUCUAUACACUACUGCAGUAGUUCACACUACUGUUUAAAACACCUGUAAUUGUAUUAAAAUAUUUAUUACGAUAA